AUGACGGUCUUCAUCGCGUCUUUGUUCCUACCAUAUACCAUCGAUUUUCAAGUGACAGAGCCCAGGCAUGGACAGAACGGGUCCUUGUCUAGCCACGCGAAUGUCGACGGUCCUGGGUCUAUUGUUGGACACCUGCCAGAUACCUGCCAUCAAAAUCGUCUCUUGGAAUAUCUCACACUGACACCCGGAGCCACGACAGAAGAUGAGACGGUCUUCAAAGGAUACACUUGGCGAUUGACAGAUGAGAUUCCGAUUGCCAAUGAUAGAUUGUGUCAUGGCCCCAGCGAGCCCCGUGCUAUUUCUUGGGGACACAGCCGGAGAUUUAAUCAGCCCAGAUCCAAGGCGAUCGAUCCCCCAACACCCUCUAUUUUGAGUAGUCAAUGCCCAAAACAGGGAUCGAGAAGGGACUUGUCUUUGGAUGGAUCGCAAGAUCGAUGGGGCAUGAAAUACUACGGUACCACACGAGUCUCGCUAUCCAAUGCUGACUGGGUCGUCAAGGCCGCCGAACAAGGCCAUGGGGGUCUGCAAAAUGCCAUCCACGCUGCUGAAAAGUCGAGCUUGCUUAAUGAUAAGAUGUGGGUGGGGACUCUAGGCAUGCCUACCGACUCAUUGACAGAUCCUACCAGGGCGGAAAUUGGUGAGACGCUCCAGGAUGUGUAUGAUUCAUUGACUGUGUUUGUGAGUGAUAACGAGUUUGAGGGUCAUUACACUCAUUUCUGUCGUGCGGUACUUUGGCCAGCUCUCCAUUAUCAGAUGCAAGAAAGCCCUCAGCACACUGAGUAUGAUGAUUAUUCUUGGGUCCAAUACCUCAAGCUCAACAUGGCAUUUGCAGAAACAAUCAUCAAGCACUGGAAGCCAGGUGACAAAAUCUGGGUUCAUGACUAUCACCUUCUGGUCCUUCCUGGCCUUCUGAGGGAAAGACUACCCCAGGCCGAGAUUGGUUUUUUCUUGCAUACUCCCUUUCCUUCCUCCGAAAUCUUCCGCUGUUUGACUCCACGCGAACAACUUUUGGAUGGGCUUCUGGGCGCCGAUUUGAUUGGAUUCCAGACAGAGGAAUAUUGCAGUCACUUUCUGCACUCCUGUAGCCGACUGCGGAGGCUGGAGGUCUCUGCCAACAAAGUUCACCUCAAUCAUCGGUAUGUUAGCGUUGUGAGUUCUCCAAUGGGGAUUGACCCUUCGUCGCUUUUUCAAUUACGCCAAUCCACCGAGGUCAAAGGUUGGAUACACAGCAUCAGCCAUAAAUACGAAGGGCAAUAUCUUAUUGUAGCGCGGGAUCGAUUGGAUGCACCUGGAGGAAUUAAGCAGAAGCUUCUUGCAUACGAGCUUUUUCUCGAGACAUAUCCAGCAUGGAGAGAGAAAGUGGUUCUAGUUCAAGUAAUGUCAUCUGCAUCUGAGAUCCCAGAGCUGGAGACACAUAUCUCUCAAAUCGCAAUGAGGAUCAACGCAAGUUAUUCAACCAUUACCCACCAGCCAUUGGUGCUAGUCCGGCAAGACAUCAGCCACUUCCAAUUCAUCGCCCUCUUGAGUGUUGCAGAUAUCUUCAUGGCCACUAAUCUGCGUGAGGGAAUGAACUUGACUAGCCAUGAUUUUAUCCACUGCCAAGAUGGACAGCUUAGCUUCCAUCAACAUGGGUCACUAAUUCUCAGCGAGUUCGUGGGUAGUGCCUCCAUCUUUCGUGGUCAUAGACUUCUCGUCAAUCCCUGGGACUACAAACAAUGUGCGGAUGCGAUCAAAUCCGCACUUGAGAUGUCGCCAGUGGAGCGGAAGCUCAACUGGAAUUUCCUGCUCGAUUGCAAAUCUCACUUCACUGCUCUCAAAUGGCAUAUGGGACUUCAAGAUGCUCUCACAAAAGCCCACGAAAGUCAACAAAUCCGUCAGACUAUCCACCUAUCUCCGCUUUCACUCCAAGGCUUAAAAAAGUCAUACGUCGCCGCAACAGCACGUAUCUUCUUCUUGGAAGAAGGCGCAAUCUUCGGUCCAGCUUUCGACAUAGAGAAGUCUCUCCCCUCGAACAAAGCCCGUACAACUCUACAAGCACUUAUAAACGACCGCAAGAACAUCUUGUACAUGAUCAGCAACCGGAGCACUGAGCAGCUCCGAGAAGUACUCAAAAAACUUCCCUGCGAGCUCGGUUUCAUCACUGAGAAUGGAUGCUUCCUACAAGAACCCGGAUCAGAUACAUGGAUUCCAUUUGUGCCCGAAAGCGCCAUGAAAUGGCGUCCCGGCAUCAGAAAGAUGAUGGAGUAUUUCCUUGAGCGAACAGAAGGCAGCCAAAUUGAGGAACGCCGCUGCUCCUUAACAUUUCAUUACGGCGAUGCUUUCGACCAGGAAGUGGCCGCUCGCCAGGCCUCGGACCUAGCUGAUCAAAUCAACGGUGCCCGUGGGCGUGCAGAUUUCCAUGUCGUCCGCGAGGUAUCAUCUGUGAAGGUUGAACCACCGCAUGCUUCUCUUGGAAAUGGGAGAGCUGCUACCUAUGUUCUGGACCAUCUUCCCAAAAUCCGAUAUCCUGAUUUUCUAUUUGCAGCUGGUGGUUCUCGUAGUGGUGAGGCGCUAUUUCGCUGGGCAAAUGAGUUGGGUGCUGCUCCUAUUGAUUCUCAGUCUGGUAAGUCUGGGCUUGAGGAAAGGCUCCAUGUCACCACCGUAACAACCAGCACACGUGCUACUGAGGCAGUGUCAGUCCUGCCGCCUGGCUGCUUGCUUUUGGAUAUUCUGGAUGAAUUGGCGAGUUUCACGUCUACUGAGGAGGAGACUAAAUGA